AAAACGUCUGAGGCCAAAGAUCCGACCGCGACGGCCGCUCACUUUGAACCGUCAGCGUCGUUUAGAAAGCAGCGAGGAGAGGCGGAGUCACAGCGAGGAUAACAGGCUGUGCAGGAGAGGAGUGAAACCAGAGGAAGCAUCUGCAGCCUUGGUCUCUCUGGAACCAUGGAGCUCUACCUGGACCUGCUGUCUCCGCCCUGCCGCUUCGUCUACCUGUUCGCCAAGACGCUCAAGAUCCCCUUCGAGUUCAAGCUGGUCGAGCUCGCAUCAGGGCAGCAGUACAGCGAGGAAUUUGGAAAACUCAGCGUUGUGAGGAAGGUUCCUGUUAUGAAAGAUGGAAGCUUCGUCCUGACAGAAAGUGUGGCCAUCGUUGAGUAUCUGGCUCAGAAACACUCGGUGGCCGACCACUGGUGCCCAGCCGAGCUGCAGCAACGAGCUCGUCUCACAGAAUACUUGUCCUGGCAGCCGAUGAACCUCGGACUAAACUGUUCAAAGGUCUUCCUGCUCAGGGCUUUAUUCCCCAUAAUCAUGGACACCGAGGUCCCGAAGGACAAGAUGGACGAGGUCUUGGCGGAUGCGAAGCAGUCACUGAAGCUGCUGGAGGAUAAAUUUCUCCAGGAAAAGCCGUUCAUCGUCGGCGACAAAAUCUCUGUGGCCGAUCUGGUGGCUGUAGUGUGGAUCUUGCAGCCCUCCGGAACCGGCGUGGACUUGUUUGAAGGCUUGCCGAAGCUGCAGGCCUGGAGGGAUCGAGUGAAGAAGGAGAUCGGAGAGAAGAUGUUCGACGACUCCCAUGAGGUCUUGAGCAAACCCGGCAACCUGCCGCAGAAGAUGAAGGAGCACAAAAACCUGGAGAUGUUCAAAGCGAGGAUGGAGAAGUUGCUCCGCUGAGGAAAACACAGCUUCACGUGUUCGACGCUUCCCCUGAUCUGUGAAAUUCCUGCCUAAAAAUCCUUUUUCAUGCAAUAAAAUCUAGAAAUUUGCUAAAUGUAAA